GAAUGCUGAUGGCGAUCUGUCACUGUCAAUUCCCAUUUUUUGUCUUUUCAACCUGUCAAAGACGUGCUGCUAGGCGGUUUAUCAAAAAUGGGUAAGGUUAAGUGUUCGGAAUUACGGACGAAAGACAAAAAGGAGCUGUUUAAACAGCUGGAAGACUUGAAAAAGGAGCUUACCAAUCUGAGGGUAGCUAAAGUAACAGGAGGAGUUGCUUCAAAACUAUCAAAAAUCCGCGUGGUACGAAAAGCCAUAGCCCGAGUAUACAUUGUGUAUCAUCAGAAAAUGAAAGUGAAUCUCAGGAAUCACUACAAAAACAAGAAGUACAAGCCUCUUGACCUUAGACCCAAGAAGACACGUGCUAUGCGUAAAGCUCUCACAAAACAUGAAGCUAAGAUUAAGACACAGAAGGAGAUUAGGAAGAAGUCUCUAUUUCCUCCUCGAGUGUAUGCAGUUAAAGCUUAAAUAAACCCUGGUACAUA